AUGGCGGAACAGCAACGACAGCGACAACAACAACAACAUUCCUUUGUGGUGUCCGAGGAAGAGGAGGCUUCGGAGCUCUCAUGCUCGUACUCCGUCGAGAGUGUCGGAAGCUCCUAUACUGAAGUGGUUCCUCAGACCAACGAUUUCUUCUUCAACAUCGACCCAAGCUUACUUAUCGAUUAUCGCUCCAUCAAGCUUGGCAGAAUCCUCGGCGAAGGGCCUAACUCCAUCGUCCGCAAAGGAUUGUUCAACUCCAGGCCUGUUGCUGUGAAGAUUAUACAGCCAGCCAAAAUGUCGGAAAUAAAUCCUGAACGGAAGGAGAAGUUUCAAAGGGAGGUCACUUUGCUAGCAAAGAUGAAACAUCAAAACAUUGUGAAGUUCAUUGGUGCCACCGUGGAGCCGUUUUUGAUGAUUGUCACUGAGCUUAUGGGGGGUGGUACACUUCAGAAGUAUUUAUGGAGCACUCGUCCAGGAGCUCUGGAUUGGAAGGUUUCCCUUGGUUUUGCACUGGACUUAUCUCGAGUUAUGGAAUACUUGCACGAAAAUGGUGUCAUUCACCGCGAUUUGAAGCCAAGCAAUGUGCUUCUUUCCAGAGACAAGACGCGGAUCAAGUUGGCUGACUUUGGGCUUGCCAGAGAGAUAUCAAGAGAAAUGACUUGUGAAGCUGGUACUUACCGGUGGAUGGCUCCUGAGAUAUUCAGCAUGGACCCACUUCCAGUUGGAGCAAAGAAACAAUAUGAUCACAAAGUGGAUGUGUACAGCUUCUCAAUAGUGCUUUGGGAGCUAAUGACAAACCAAACUCCUUUCAAGGGAAGGAACAAUGUGAUGGUAGCUUAUGCCACCGCCAAAAAGGUAAGGCCUAGUCUAGUGGACAUUCCGCAUCAAAUAGCGCCUCUUUUGCAGACAUGUUGGUCGGAUGACCCAAAGAGCAGACCAGAGUUCAGAGACAUCACGGAAUAUCUUUCCAACUUGUACCGGACUCUUUUUCCGACAGAGGUCAGACCUACUCCUCCUUCUACUCCUACUCCUGUUGAGAUGGAACAUCCUAGUAACAACAGCAGCAGCGAUAACAACAACAGCAGCAGCGAUAACAACGACAACAGCAAUAACAACAAUGAUAAUUAUAAUAGCAGCAAGGAUGACUCUCAAAAUGAUAAUUAUAAUAGCAGCAAGGAUGACUCUCAAAACAUGACGUACAACUACCUUCAAAAGCAGCCUGGAAAAAAUAAGGCCAUCACUAAGAAGAAAUGGAAAUCACGUAUAUUCAGUUUCCUCCGCUGUUUUAGAUGUUCCAUUGUUUCUGAUUGA